AUGCCAGACAUAUCAGAAUUGGACUGGUUUGAGUACCGCGAAGCCGAAUACAACCUCUGGUGCAAAGUGAUGAAAGCGAAUCAGAAGGGCAAAUCGUCACUGGACCAUCGAGUCCGCGACCAUGCCGAUGCACGUCAAUUGAUUCAAGAUCUAUUAGAUGGCUUAUGCGAGUCGCUCGAAGAUCUCUUGAGACUAGCUCGCUUGAAGCCAUCAAUAAUCGCCGAGUGUGCUUUUAAACGCCAGGAUGGCGAGACAACAGACGAAGCUAGCUCAUCAAGCGGAGAUUCUGAAGAUGAUAGCGAGAUAGAGCUUCACCAAGACGACAUCCACCGGCGAGAAAUUGAGUACCACAUGUUUUACAUCAAAGCAACUAUCUCACAGCUUGUCAAUCUGUCGACCCGGAUUCGGCAAUCAGGCGUCAAGUAUCGCUAUCAAAAAGCCGAUGAAUCACUCAAAGAAGGGGACUUCGACGACUACGUACAAUCCUGGAGGAGCAGUAUUCUUGGCGGCAAACUUGCAAAAGCGACUGCUACUGUGCCCUAUCAGACGGGCGCAAUCGCUGACUUCCUCCACGAAAGUCGACUGACGAUUGUGCAAAGACGCUUGAUACGUGCUAACCUUCUUCGUCGGAAUAGGAUCCGGUUUGUUCGAGAAUCACAUAUGAAUCGUGAGGAACCCAUUGCAGAAACGGAAGCGACAUUUGAACCGCAGUCUACAAACCAGGAGAUCCUAGAUUGCGAACCCGACGUCGUGUCUCAGGCUCUACCUGACGAGAACAUUCCUUGUCAAACAAGUCCUAAGGUGGUCCCAUCGGUGGUCCCUUCGAUGUCGCAUACAGCCACGGAAAUUGGCUCUCAAUUUGAUCUAUCAGUCUUCUUGAAAGAAAAAUCACCAUCUGUUGCUACUCGAGCCACUCGAAUCGGAGGUCGAGAUGAUCUAGAGUACCCGAAAUGUCCUAAACCACCCACGAUUGGCACUCCACUAGCUUGUCCUUACUGCGCCGAUCUAGUCGACGAUGAUCACAUCCUCUGGCAUGUACACGAGUUCGCGCUGAAAUGUUUUCCAUGGGAAGACACUAAUGAAGAAGAUGACGACGACCAAAGCAUGAUUGACAUUGACUUAGAAUUAGUCAGAGAAAGAACCGAGGACCUAGUGAACUUUUCCCCGGAAGACGGUAAUGCAUCAUUUCUGGAGGAACCGGCACGUCACUCCGAUGGUUCAGACUCGGACGUGACACAUCUUCAGCCUGGCAAGGGCACAAGACAAGCAGAAAUCUCAUCUGAAUCCACAAUUCCAAGCACUGAUCCAGAACUCUUCGAGUUCUACUAUAGGGUCUGCUCUCCCACUGGAGCUGGAGUGAUCCCUCCAUCCCCUGGUGGAAGACGACCUCCAUCCCCUCUAGAUCUAGGACAAGAGAACCAUCUUGAAUCUGAGAUAGGGGCCGCCACGGAUAUCAGGAUUUCUUCAGGCAGCUACUCAGGGCAAAAUGCAGUACCAACAUCGCCAAAUACGAGCUCCUUUUCUGAAGUGGCCUUGUGGGAUGGGCAUUCCCUAGACGGUUGUCCUUCAUCCCUUUCAUCUCUUCUCGUUGAAUCUGGAGAUCAGGAAGACCUGGGCAAGCCCAAAGUACCAUUGUUCAACUCAUCGAGAAAAUUCUCUCCCAUGAAAUCGGACAAUACCAAAACCAAUAUGGUCCGCACCGUCGGUGCUUGUAUGAGAUGCCGUAUACAGAAGGUUACAUGUACUGCGGAGGGUGUUUGUGACAGAUGCGUCAAGGCUCAUCCGAAGGAACCCCAGAGCUCCUGCUUUCGGGAAGACUUGAUUGUGAUCGCAAACAGCUUGACCCAACAGCGCUUCGCUGGGUUGGACAGAGUUAAGGACAUUGAGGUCAAGGAGCUGCUCAGAACCGCCCGACCUCAAUACUUAGAGCCAAUCUUUAAGGGAGCGGUAGUCUUUACUCGUGGCUGGCCCCAGUUUCGGCUUCCCACCACGUUGCGAAACUACCAGUGCCUGGAUGACAUGUCACGACAGGUUCACUCAGGUUGUGUUCUUUCCAGAGAGCAUGGGGGUGUUCCCUCAUAUCAGGACCUCGUCAAAUGGGCAGAGCAGAUGAUAUUACCCGAGGACCGCGGCACCUUUGAAGGGAGCAUCGAACAUUUCAUCAAGAUGUACUCCGCGCCUCAAAGGUCGCGCUCAUACGUCAGACGGCCACAGAUGGAACUUCUGGACAAGGUCCACACCAUGAAAUGCAUGUACAAGAUCUGCUGCCAGGACGACUUCGUCUUCAUUCGCGACGAUACUGGAGCAGUGAAAUACCUGCCCUUGCCUGCCAAGGCAGAAUUGAGAGCCAUCGCCCGCAUGGCUCUCGAGACAGCCGAGAGAGAUAUCCUCAAGGCACUCGACAAGCUCAAAGCUGCUGCGACUAAAGUUCCCGAACAAGACUUGCCUGCUCUGUGGGCCACCUUGUGGCAGCUGAUUUUCAUCUACCGAGACCUCCUCAGGAACAGGACACCGCGAGACAACGACGCGGGAGCUCUCCUCAACGCGGUGGCCGUCUUUUACGCAGCCCACUUCAGGACUUUAGCCUCACUUGGUAAGCUGUCUAUGGACAGCCUGCAACGUCAUUGGGGACCUGGCGAGACUCAGCAGGCGCAGCUGUCUGGUGCGUUUGACCAUGCUCUGAGUCUUCGCGAUACUCUCCAAUGGCGGCUAGACCGAACAAUCGCAGCAGGUAUUGACGAGAUCGACCACCGCCUCAAGGCAUUGGUUGUUGAUCCCGAGAUGAAAGUGCUGGGACGACGUACGAAUAAGAAAACGAGCGGUGGCAAGUGA